CGUUAUUCAUCUCUCAAAGAAAAAAAACUGCUUGCUCACUUUUCUGGCGGACACGACAGCAUGAGCUUCCUCUCCGGUAACUCGUUCCUCAUGACUCCAGCUCUCUUUCGUCGCCAGCAGCGGAUCGUCUCCUUUACCGGGGCGCUCUACCCUCAUCCAGUUGGUGAGAAUCGUCAUCGCCAUCAACAGAUUUUUGCCGUGAAGCCAAUUCUGCUGAUCUGUACUCUGGAUCCUUAUGCUUUCGCCUUGGUCGACACUGUGGAUCCUAUCACCCUCAUCGACAGCCUAGGCUGGCUUCCCAUGGGUGAUUCCCCUCCUCGCGGCUACUGCCCAGCUGCCGUUCGUGCCUUCUAUUCCAAUCUUCGGACCGAUGGGAUCACAUCGGGCAAAUUCUCCACCCUGGUAUAUGGCCACUUGCUUACUCUUUCGGUUGAUGACCUUGCUGCAUUUCUUGUUCUGCCUACUAGAGGCAAGCAGCUCAUUAGUCCGUUGGAGUUCUGGUCACACAAGUUUGACUUGUGUCGGGAGGUCACAAAUCGCUCCUUUGAUUCGCUGGAUGAGUCACUCAAGCUUCUCCACUACUACAUCAACCGAGUGUACUUUCCGCGGGCUGACAGCUUGGAUGUUGUUUUGCCUCUUGAUUGCUGGGUCAUGUCUCACGCCAUUUCUGAUAUGCCGUUGCGCUAUCCUCACCUGUUAUUUGGGUCAAUCGUGGAUGCUGCUGCCAACGAAUCUCCCAGUGUUGGUCUUCCCUUUGCUGCGAUGAUUACGUUGCUGUUGCAUCGUCUCGGUGUUCCUCUGGCUGACUUUGUCACUAUUUCUGACGAUGGUGUUCAUCCCUCCAUUGACGAAGUGUUGGCUGUGGUGGGGCUUCCUCCCAUUGUUGAUUUAUCAUCAGGGGGAGAUGGUCAUGGUCGUGUGGCCACGGACGCAGAAAGAGGCGAAGAGGCCAAAGACGAGGCGUCCGCGGAUGGUGGUGCAUCUGCUUCGACUUUUGUCCGCCCCUUCAAGCUCAAGCGACAGGCGAAAGGACCUUGCCCUUCUAACAGAGUUCUCAAGCGUCUCAAUAAUCAAAAACCUUCUCAAGGAGUGGUUCUCUAUGAGAAUCAUGAUCUUGAGCAAAACAAUUAAAUGCCUUAAUUUAGGGGGAGCUUGGGUUUAGGGGGAGCUUGGGUUUCGAGUUGUCAGUUGUUGUUGUUGCUGUUUAAAUGGCUUAUUUGAAUUGUUGCUUUUAAGGUCUAGAUUGGGUUAGGGGGAGUAUCAAAUCAUGUCUCUUAUUUGCGCUGUUGAGUGUUUUGAUUGAAUAAUGCCCUGAGCUAUACUCAGGAUGAAUGAAGUAAUUUGUUUUCUUAAUAAUCUGUGGCGUAGGAUGAAUGAGAGAUAUAAUGACUGCCAUUCUUUAAUCUUGAGCUUAAUGAUGAAUGAAGCAUAUGCAUUAACAGGAUGCUAAAUCAAGCUUAGGGGGAGAAUGUUGAGUUAACAAGCUUGAUUCAACAAAUUGAAUGUCAUAGGAUAUUUUGUUAUAAAUAUAUGUUAUUAUGUGGAACUAACUAUCUAUGCAGAAAUAUCACAAUCAAUGAUGAGGAAAAAGGAAACAAUUCAAAGUGAUUGCUUGCCCUUAAAGGAGUUACCAUAUCAAGCAAAAAGGUAUCAAACCAAGGAGAUACUUGCCACACAAAGGACUACAAAUGAAAGGAAAUAAAGGCUCACAUCAACUAUAAAUAGUAGAGUCAUUUGUAGGCCAAGACACCUUUUGCAAAGCUCUCUUCUCCCUUGUAAUAGCGAAAUUGUGUGAUCAUAUUUCGUGGUGUGAAUAGCUUGAUAUCUCGGGGGUUUAGAUAUUCAAGCUAGGUCGGGUUUUAGGGUAGGAAGGGUAUUUGUAAUUGGGAUUAGUGCAAGAGCAAGAGGGGAUUCUUGCUUGCGAGUUGCACUAGGUGAAUUACUCUCCAAUCAAGUCAAACUAAGAGUGUUUGCUUUAUUGAUUGAGUGGGUAGCUUAGCUUGGAUUUAGCUAAGGGUUGAAUAGGUGCGGAGUUGCACCUAUUUGGUUCUUGACACAAAGUGUCAAGGUUGUUUCAAUUUCAUAGGUUAGAGAGUCUUUUAUUUUAAUAAAAGUUAGAGUGUCUCGUGAGAUAGCGGUAACUAUCUCCGGGACGUGGAUGUAAAGACAUAUUGGCCGAACCACGUUAAAAUCGCGUGUCCUGACUCAUCUCUCUCUCUCUCUCUCUCUCUCUCUCACUAUAAAUCCUCUAACUUUGUUCUAUUCAUCAGUGCCAACAAGUUAAAUACUUCAGGAGAGAUUCUUGGCAAGUCCUUUUGGAUUGCUCAAUCAAGCUAGUGCUAAUCUCUCUCUAUUGAAAUCUGAAUUAAUUUGUGCAUUGACCACGUCAAAAGUAUCCUUUAUUGACCUAGCUUGGUCUAACAGUCUUCACAACUACCACAGGAACUAGAAUUCCUUAUCGCUUGUAGCUUUCUCGUAAUGCAAUCCUUUGGACGUGCAUUUACCAAACUACAUCUCCACACAAUGGAGGUAUCUUUUCGCACUAUGUUCAAUUUACUUUGAACAUAACAUUUGCAACAACUUAGGCUUAGAUAUACUUGAACAAAAGUCCUCACAAGCCUCUCGUCAUAGGUUUCACACACCUAUGAUUGUUCAUAUUUCCUAACCGGAUACCUUAACAAUAUCAUCACCACCUCAUAGCCCACGAAGGGCUAUCUUGAAUACAUUUUCAAUUCUUCAAAUUCAAAUAAGUUAAAUUUCCUUGAAGUCUUCUCAUAAUAUGAUUAUGAGUGUGUUCACAUCUCAAAUACUACAAAGGUAUUUGAAAUCCACUAAACCAAAUCGAAUUGAUUCAACGACCACUAAAUUGGUUACCAACCAAUCUUCAUCUUUAUCAACCAUGUUUCACCAAAAACAUGGAGACAUCAAAAUCCAUGCACGAAAAACCUUAAAAGGAGUAAUUGUGCCAAUUUUGAUGACCAUAGAAUUACGCUUCACUUCCGUUCAUCAUCUUUCAACACUUAUAUAGAACGUUUCAUUCAACUGAAUGCAACGUUCCAUUUUUAUUUUCUGCAAUGAUGCAUCGUUCCCAUGGUGGCGAUUCUCAAUCCGUUUGUUCCCAAUCUUACUAAACACAAACACAGGAUUCAAUAUUUUCUUUUCUGCCAUACAGUCUGAUUCCGCAAUGACUGUCGGAAGACUGUAUUGCUUUUGGGAACCAACUGGCGGUUGCAUGGCGAUGAGACAUGCUCCUUCAUGCAUGGAACUUAUCUGGUUGAAACUUUCUUCAUUGAUCAAAAUAACAAAGGAAGGAGACGUGUCCCCCCCCUAUAUGUUCCCUCCAUGCAACUGCCAAAUGACAAAAUUGCAAUAUGGAUAUAUAUAUUGCAUCGGUUCGGCCCAUGGUAGUUGGACCGGUUUGGUUAUUCCAACCGCCACAUCGGUUCAGUUCGAUUUGGUUCAACUCAGUUUGGUACGGUUGGUUACACAAAUCAAUAUUAUCGAUCACCAACACAUUACAUCAAAUCGACUGAAUUCGCGGCCACACCAUCCCACAGCUUACCAAAAUGGUACUUCAAGAAAUUCUCUUUGAUCUUUCCCCUUUCAUUUCCAUUCACACCAUUAAAAAUCCUAGCAUAAAUGUUAUUGACUAUCAUCACUUCCAUAGGCCUUAGUUAUAUAUACAUUGAAAUGAUGUAUAUCCUGAUAUUCAAUCUUUCUUCACGUUAAUGUUUGAUGAUAGUUGAGGGCUCUCAAGGUUCGUUUUGCAGUUAAAUUUUGGUCAUGCAUUUGAGUAUCUAACUUAUGAUAUCAAUAAGAAAAAGGGUAUCCCUCAAUAUCAUAUUAAGGUAAUAAAAACAACACACAAAUAUAUUCUCAUUUGUUGAUCUAACAGAUAGUUAGCUCCUUUGAAAAAUAACAUUUUUAACUUUUUAAUAAGAUAAUGGUUUUUAAAUUUUAAUUGAUAUAUGAUUUAUGCUUUCCGUCUAGAAUUAUGAGGAUGAGGGGAAGGGAAGAAAAUAGACCCCCUUCCUGAUAGACAUUCAAAUGAGCAGAAUUGAGAGAAAGACAGUCAUGUCAGUUAGUUUAUGUUGUUUACUUAUUUUUAUCUUUUUUUAAGGUGAGAUAGUCUGAUUGGUUCGUGUAAUACGAUUUUGUUAUUUUACUAUUCUGGUGGUAAUUGGGAAGAAAUCUUGACUCUCUUCUAAGCUAAGUUUCGAAGUGGUAAUGUAAAUGGCUUUAUUGUGUCUAAUAUGAUAUUUGGCUUUGUAAUUCAUUUUCGCAUUUGAAUGCUGACUUGCCUAUGUAGUUGGGGUGAUGUUGGGGAGGGUGGGUGUGUGGGGACCUUAGUUCUUGUACCAGACAUGGUAUUUUGUCCUGCAAAGUAUAAAUCAUAUUGACUGACAUCACUUCCAUAGUUCUACAUUGAAAUGAUGUAAUGUCCUACAAUUCCAACUUUCUUCACUUUUUUGUUUGAUGAUAAUUGAGGUCUCUCAAUGGUCAUUUUUCUAUUGAAUACUGGAAAGUUAUAAUUUGUUGAUCGAACAAAUAGUUAACUCUUUUGGACAAUACAAUUCUAUUUUUUUAUAAGACAACGAAUUUUAAAUUGAUAUAUGAUUUGGGGCUUUCCUUUUAUAAUUAAGGGAGUGAGGGAACGAGGAGAAAAUAUAUCCCCUCCCCGACAGACAAUCAGAUGAGAAGAACCGAGAGGAAGACAACAACGUCAGUUAGUCUAUGUUUGUUAACUUGCUUUUUUACCUUUUUAAGGUGAGCUAUUUUGUUUGGUUGGUUUAAUAGGGUUGUGUUAUUUUACUAUUACCGGUGGUAAUUAGGCAUAACUUUUGACUCACUUCUAAGCUAAGUUUCAAAAUGGUAAUGUAGGUGGUCUUCUAUAGUAUUUGGCUUUGUAAUGCAUUUGCUCAUUUGUUUGUUGACUUGACAACAAAUAUGCAAUUUGUGGUGACUUUGGUGGGGUGGGUGGGGGUAGGGACCUUAGUUCUUGUACCAUUCAUGACAUUUUGUCCUGCAAAGUAUAAAUGAUAUAGACAAUAAUCAUUUUCCUGCUUCUACAUUGAAAUGAUGCAAUGUCCUACUAUUACACUUUCUCCAUUUUGGUGUUUGAUGAAAGUUGAAGCCUCUCGAUGGUCGUUUUGCUAUUAAAUCUAGGUCAUAUGCAUUUGAGUAUCAAACAUAUUCAAUGAUAGAGAGGGGUUUCCUCAAUAUCAUAUUAAGGUAAUAAAUCUGGAUGUGAUUAGAGCAAAUGGUAAUGAGUGUGGUCGCCACCCAAAGAACAUCAUCAAAAAAUACUUGAAACACGGUAAAAUAUUGGAAACACAAGGAUAUGUUUUCAUUUGUUGCCCGAACAUAGAGUUAGCUCCCUCAACAAUAACAUUUUAAUUUUUUUUAUAAGACAAUGGUUAUUUUAAUUUUUAAUUUAUAUAUGAUUUUAGACUUUCCUUCUAGAAUUACAGGAGUGAGGGGAAGAGAAGAAAAUAGAUUUCCUCCCCAUAAGAUAGCCAGAUGCACAGAACUGAGAGAAAGACAAUCACGUCAGUUUGUAUAUGUUUGUUAUCAUGUUUCACCUAUUUCAAAGUGGGCUAGUCUGGGGUUGGUUUGAUAGGAUUUUAUUAUUUUAUUAUUUUGGGGGGUAAUUGGGUAAACCUAUUGACUCUCUUCUAAGCUAAGUUUCAACAUAGAAUGUCGAUAGUUUUCUUAUGUCUAAACUGGUAUCUGUUUUUGUAAUGCAUUUGCUCGUUUGCUUGUCGAUUGCCAUCAAAUAUGUAGCUUGUGAUGACUUUGGUUGGGUGGGGUGUGGGGGUGGAAGACUUUAAUUCUUUUACACGUUAUGUCAUUUUGUCCUGCAAAGUAUAAAUAAUAUUAACAAUUAUCAUUUCCGUAGUUUUACAUUGAAAUGGUAUACUGUAUUAUUAUUCCAACUUUCAACUUUGUUCACUUUGGUGUUUGAUGAGAGUUGAUGGCUCUUAAAGAUCGUUUUGUUGUUGAAUAUUGAUCAUGCAUUUGAGUAACAAACUUAUUCAAUGAUAAAGAGGGUUUUCCUCAAUCUCUUAUUGAGAUAAUAAAUUUGAAUGUUGCUUUCUUGUUUUAUUAUUUCAGGUGGUAAUUGGGUAGAACUAUUUAUUCUAAGAUAAGUUUCAAGACUUAUUGAUAUUUGGCUUUGUUAUGUAUUUGCUCAUUUGUUUGCUCACUUGCUAAUAAACAUAUAGGUGGUAG